CAAGCGCUCAGUAUGAGGAAGUGACCCGCAGUCUGUUUGUCUCCCGAGUGUCACUGAUUAGCGGUUUUCUUGUUGACAGCUGGUUACCGGGUGCAGCGUUUCCGUGAUCCGAAGGCGACAUAUACCGAAAAGGGACAUGGCUUCUGAGGGCGAGCAGGAGACAAGGCUGUGUGGGAACUGUAAACGUGACAUUCCAUCGAUUAACUUUACCAUGCAUGAGAUUCACUGCAAGAGGAAUAUCAGUGUGUGCCGGAAAUGCAAGGAGCCGUUCCCCACCAGUGACAUGGAGGAGCACAUGACCUCAGAACAUGCCCCGGUGACAUGCAAGUGUAAAAUGAUCAUGGAGAAGCGUGAAUUGGAGGAACAUGAGCACAGUGCCUGUCCUCUCCGCAUGACUAAAUGCCAAUUCUGCGAGCUGGAACUUCAGUUUGCUAAGCUAGGUGACCACGAGGAUUACUGCGGAGCUCGGACAGAGCGCUGUGACCAGUGUGAACGCAGCGUAAUGACUAAGGAUCUGAAGGAUCACCCCAAGGUGUGCGGCAAGGAGACCGAGCCCAAGAAACCUACAGGGUUGCGGAACCAGCUGGAUUACGAUGGGACGGAGGAUGAUGGAGCCUGGUUUGAAAGCUGGAACAAUCGAAACCCAUUCAGGGAGAGCGGCCUCCGUGGACAUGUGCCUAGUAGAUUUUAUGGCCGUUCUGUUUUAACGCAAUCGCUGAAAAAUGUUGAUAGAGUAGCAGAGAAAAACAGAGUUACUGAGCAAAAUCUGUCAAAAAAUAUCCCAGCAAAGCCACGCGAACAACACGGAGCAGGAGCAUUUUCUGAGAGGCCUUUCCAAAACCACGGUCGUUCCAAAAUGAAUUCAUUCCAAUUCACGAGCUUUGAGAACGACGGCCGUUCUAGCCCCGACCCUGACCCUUUAGAAUGCGAUGAUUUCUGGAAGCAGUUUCACUCAGAAGAUAUUGGAAAGACCAAGAAUACCCGUGGCUGGAUGGAUGCCAGCCUUUUACCCAACAACGAAGCUGUACAAUUUGAUCCUUUCUCUAUUCCUGACACAAAUGACAUUCAGUUACCGUGUGAAUUCUGUGAAGAGCUGUUUCCAGAACAUGACCUUAUUCUGCACCAAUCUGGUUGUAACACAAAUCCGUUGAUCUCUAAUGGAAGAUUCCCUCCCAGACCUGUGCAGGAGUUUAAAGAGGAUCCUAUUUUAGAUUGGAUGUCAAAGCCGAGUGUCCAGACUAAGAGGUCCUCUCCUUCUCCACUUCCUGUCCACCAGCCCCACAGCGUCUUCAUCCCGUGUGAAUUCUGCGGUGUGCUGAUUGAUGGAGAAAUUCUGUUCCAUCACCAGGAUCAGUGUGACAUGUGUCCAAGUUCAGAAACCUUUCCUCCGGUUUCACCGCCCCCCCUUCCCGUUCCCGACAAAAACACAAAGGAGGAGACUGGAUUUUUUGGAAAGCCUCCAACUGGCCUUUCUGUCAAAGGAGAUGUGGUGCCUUCCUUUAGAAAUAACCAAAAGAAAGAAAACUCUACAGCACAUCCUCGUUCAUUGAGAUCCCGCGGUCCAGAGGAGGAUCGAAAAUACCAACCCAAAUCAACUAAUGUUUCAAGGGCUGCGCCUCCUACGAGAAGAUCAACUAUAGAGGAAAUUAGGAGAACAAACAUGGAGGAGAAUAUGAGACUGAGCAGACGUCCGUGCAAUGACUAUGCUGAUCCCCCGUUCUUUGGCAGUUCGUUGCGCAGGGAUCCUGUGGUUUCAGCAGCUGCAAGCAACCUCAACCCAAGAAACAAGCCAAAGACGAGGAACGUAAAUACCAGGAGUGGAGAUGUUCAAAAAGAAGAGUGAGUGACCGUGGGGGCUGCUCGUUAUCCUCUGUUCCAAAGUACUGAAUAACUACAAACUCCAUUAUACAAUUCCAUCACUUUAGCUUUGAGAGCCGUCGUGCUGAUCGCCUCUCUAGCACAAUACA